GGGUUGAGACUGAGACUAAGUUCUUAAAGUCUAGCCUUGGAUGCAUUUGUCUUGUUUUUGCCCCAAAAUGAACAUCCCGGUGGUGGACUUCAGCUGCUACAGCCUAGAGAAGACGGAUGUUCCAGACCAGCAUCUGCUCACUCUAGUGACAGAGUUAAGAGCAGCCUUCACUCAGGUUGGCUUUGUGUUCCUGCAGAACUAUGGCAUCGCCCAGGAGCUGGUGGACGCCGUUAUGGACACGUCCAGGAAGUUCUUUUUGCAGCCUGAUGAAGAGAAGCAGCCUUUCAGCAGAGGGAACUAUGAGGACUGCUACAACCACGGCUGGAUUUCAAUGGAGACUGAGAGUCUGAAUCCCAGCAAACCUGGAGACCUGAAGGAAGCUUUCAACAUUUCUUCCCUUGACCCAGACAUAAAAUGGCCAUCAAAACACUUUGAAGAAAUCCACACGUCCUUUUUCCAGCUCUGUAAAGAACUGAGCCUGCGGGUGCUGAAGGUGGUGGCUCUGAGUCUGAAUCUGGAGCCGGACGUGUUCCUGAGUGCACACAAGUUUAUCGGAACAUCCAGCAAGAACAGCACAACUCUUCGCUCUCUCUACUACCCACCACUGAACAGUAAGAACGCCAAAGAAGGUCAGCUGCGGUGUGGAGAGCAUUCCGAUUACGGCACCCUCACUCUGCUGUUCCAGGGUUCAGAUGGUCUGCAGGUCUGUGCUCGCUCAGGUGAGUUCCUCCCUGCUCCUAACAUACCUGGAGCCAUCCUUCUCAAUAUCGCCGACAUGCUGCAGCGCUGGACCAGUGACCAGUUUAUCUCUGUGCGUCACAGGGUUUUGCUUCCCCCUGUCGGAGACUCCUGCACACGUCAGUCUCUGGCGUUCUUUCUUCAUCCAGAUGACGACGCUCUGAUCACCUGCCUGGACGGCUCAAACAAAUACCCGCCGGUUACAGCACAGGCCUACGUUCUUCAGAAGUUCAAGGACUCCUAUGGAAAAGUCUAAAGUCAUGCGUUGGAACGCUACCUUCAUGAAUAGUUUCACAAAUCAUGGAAUAGUAAUCCUACUCCACAGUUACUUCUGUUACAAGUCUAAUAAGUAGUUUUUAUUGUAAUUGUGAUCCUAACAGAAUGCUUUAAAAACAAUCAGAAAAAUGUCAUCGUGUGAGACUGGAGUGUAUGAAGUUACACGUUUUUAUUGUCGCCAUUCACCUACAUUAUUGUAAUGAAUUCACUUCACAGGAUGGUGGGUGGUCUUCAGUUUUAAAGGGGUAAACAAAUGUUUAGAAUACAAACAAAAAUACAGCACAAGUUGAAAGCAAAAAAAGGGAGGUAAAAUUGUCUUAUCAGUAAUUAUUCUGCAUAAAAAUGAAAUAAAAAAUACAUACAAG